GGAGGACAAGAGACACCACGAAGGAACUGCCUUCUCCUCCUCUACUUGCUUUUGCUCUCAGCAGCCUUCCCACUGAUUCCAUCUUUGGCAUUUCCUUCUUCAAGCACCAAGAACUUCUUGAUUUGAAGAGUUCUCCUUGGACUGGGUUUCUCUUGGACUCAAGGCACCUGCGUUCCUAUCGGUGACCGGGUGGGUCAGAGAGAGCAGCACGUCCUUGUAGGUUGGAACUGUUGGAGCCAGUGCUGCGAAUCGCAAGAACCAAGAGUGAGAAGCAGAGCUCAUUGGCUCCCCCCUUUCGCCCGUCCAAUCAUUUUGCGGGCCUUGGCUUCGGCUGGACCUACGCGAGCCAUGCUGGGUAUUUCGGCUUCUCUCUCCAACAAGUGGACCCCGCUCUUCCUGAGCAUCAUUUUCUGGGCUGCCGUGACCCCCCUGGCCUCAGCCUUCCCCCUGUCCAAUUCCAACCCCCUUUAUCAGUUUGACGGACAGGUCCGCCUUCGCCACCUCUACACAGCGGAUGAGCAAACGCACCUCUUUCUGCAGAUCUUGCUGGACGGGAAAGUGAGUGGCUCCAGACACCAGAACCAUUUCAGUUUGCUGGAGAUCAAAGCUGUUAAAUCAGGGAUCGUUCGCAUGCAGGGUGUGAAAACCUCUCUGUUCCUUUGCAUGACAUCCAAUGGACAUCUGUAUGGUUCGGAGCACUACUCAGAGGAGGCGUGCAACUUCCGCGAGAAGGUACUUCACGACGGCUACAAUCUCUACUACUCUGAACACUACAACAUCCCCGUCAGCCUCAGCUCCACGGGGGCCUUGUCGCGGAACCGCCAGUUACCCCCAUUCUCCCAGUUCCUGCCUUUGGUCAACCGGGUCCCCCUUGACCCUGUUUUUGUCGACUACGACUUCUACGAACAAGAGCUCGACGUCGAGUCGUCCGAUCCCUUGAGCAUGAUGGGCCAGGCUCCCGGCUUCAUGAGCCCCAGUUACGUCUUCUGAUGGCCGAGGACCCCUCGGCUCUUCGGGAGGGGCCUGUGACGUUAGACUUGAACAAAAGACUUCUCCAGAGCUCGGAGAGUUGAGCUGUCUUGCAGUGAAAAGUGAGACGACGCAAUUCGAAGUCAGGACAGAGACAGGGGCAGAGAGAAAGAGGACUUUAUUUACUGUACUUGACAUAAAUUAUUGACACUGUUGCUGUAUUCCGUGGACUCUGGAUCCCCAAAACACACGUAAAUGACGUACUUGAGGGAGAUACAAGGAAUAUUCAAGGGAGGCAAAAUUCUUAUUUCCUUGGAUUGGAUUUUUUUUUCCCUUUGCACUCUUCUGUUGAUGUUAAAUUUGCUAGCCUUUUAUGUCUGUUUUUUUAUUUAAAUGACUAAUUUAUUAUAUGCUUAUUUAUUGGAGGAGUUUGGAGGUAGCUGAAAGGGAGGGGAGGCAAGAUAUACGAAAACUUUAUACCAGAAAAUUAUUUAUAUAUGGUUAUUUAUAUGAAAAUGUAUGUAUGUAUUAUUAUUAUUGUGGGUUUUUUGGUUAUUUAUGUCUUGUUCCAGAAAGGAAAUUAUUAUUAAACGUAUUUUAA